CAGAGUCCAGUUGGCGAAGCCCGGCGAAAAGAAGGCAACAGUACAGUCGUACAGCUACAAGUGAUCGCAAGUGGAAGAUUCUUCAGUUCCCGAAAUCCUCAAACACCCGAAAUCCUUCGCAUCGAAAUAAUGGCAGCAAAAAGAAUGGACUUAAAUAGACGCACCUUUUUGGUGUUGAGCGGCAGCUCAAAUCCUUUGGGUCAAUCCCUGGCCGUGGAGUUCUGCCGUCGCCUGGCCACUGGAUCCCUUGCUUUGAUCUUGGACGAGGAUCAUGAGCAGCUUCGGGAGCUGGAGAAUCAUCUUCACAGCGAACUGAAGACGCAAAACGUUUGCGUGCAGACUGGCAAGUUGGAUGCGAGUCACGCAAAUGGUGUGCAGCUAAUGGAGCAGGCAUUAAAGGAGCACUUUAUGGCUGGAAAGGACACUCCACGCUUCGAGCGUUCCAUAAUCCUGCACAACGAGGGAAAGGCGGCGACGCAUGUGCUCCAGGAACCCCAGAGCGACGACGACUGGCAGGCCUAUGUCCAGCAGCAGCUCUACGCAGCGGUGGCGCUCAAUCAAACGUGGCUGCAAACGAAGCACUUGGAGCAGGUGGAGAAGCUGGCGGUGAACGUGACCUCCACGCUGAUGGUUCGUCCACUGGUCCAUGCGGGAUUGCUCUGCUCCUGCAAGCGGGCGAGGGAUAUGUACUUCCGUGCCAUGGCCGCCGAGGAGUCUCGUUUUGGUGUCCAUGUGCUCAGCUUCUCGCCCGGAGUAAUGGCCACCCAUGUGGACCAGUGCGAUGUGAACGGCAAUCGGAUCACUCCCGCCGAACUGGUCGCCUCGAAGCAGCUGCUCCAGCUGCCCAGGAUCCAGCCGCGCCAGGCCAUCCUCAAGUUGAUCAACAUUCUGGAGGAGAUCUCCUUCGUCUCCGGCCAUGAUGUCGACUACUACGACACCUUCGUUUUAUGAGUAGCACCGCGGUGGUGGGCUGCGUCCCUGAUGGACUCGGUUCUAGACUCGGUUGACGACGAUUGGGAUGCUGUACACGACUUGAUUGCCAUGGAAAUGAAUAAAAUCUGGUUAAUGACCUCGAUUUCAGACCUGCAAGUGCACCAAUAUCAGGCACACGCACAGGAAAACGAA